GUGUUGUGAGUCUGCUGCUGGGCGCAAAGGAUGAUGGGAAAGCGAGGAGGCGUUUCUAUGGUUUUUACGGUUUGGGUCAAAGGAGUUUGUGUUCAGGUAAAGCUGCAGCCGCAGCUCUGUGCAGACAAACAAACUCUCCCCGGUGGAAUGGCACUCAGGGGUUUUUCUCCCGUGGCGGUGGCGGCGGUGCAGCCGAGGAGCAGCAGACCCUGGAGGACAUCGCCAAGAGCAUCAGAGAGCAGCGGUACAAGAGGGUGGUGGUGAUGGCCGGAGCUGGGAUCAGCACGCCUAGUGGCAUCCCAGAUUUCAGGUCUCCAGGCAGCGGCCUCUACGACAACCUGCAGCAGUACGACCUGCCGUACGCCGAGGCGAUAUUCGAGAUCAGCUUUUUCCAUCAAAACCCAAAUCCCUUCUUCGCCCUGGCCAAAGAGCUGUAUCCAGGGAAUUACCAGCCCAACCUGACGCACUAUUUUGUACGGCUGCUUCACGAGAAGCGUCAGCUCCUCAGGAUGUACACGCAGAACAUCGACGGCCUUGAAAGACUGGCAGGGAUUCCUCCUGAGAUGUUGGUGGAGGCUCACGGUACAUUUACCACCGCCACCUGCACAGUCUGCCUGAGGAAAUACGAGGGAGAGGAGCUACGAUCCGAUGUGAUGGCAGGUGUGGUCCCAAAGUGUCCCACCUGUAAAGGCGUGGUAAAGCCUGACAUUGUGUUUUUCGGGGAGGAGCUUCCACGUCACUUCUUCAAGUACCUCACCGACUUCCCUCUGGCUGAUCUCCUCAUCGUCAUGGGAACUUCACUGGAGGUGGAGCCCUUCGCCAGUCUGGCGGGAGCUGUGCACAGCUCUGUUCCCCGUCUGCUCAUCAACAGGGACUUGGUGGGUCCGUUCGCCUGGCGCCGCCGUCGUCACGACGCCGUGCAGCUGGGCGACGUGGUCGGUGGCGUGCGAGCCCUGGUGGAUGCCCUCGGCUGGACUCGGGAGCUGGACGCUCUGAUGGCGGCCGGCGCUGAGAAAGUGAGUGUGGGUUACAGGCUCCCGUGUAUAAUCAUUCUUCUACGUCCGAGUUCCCAUGAGCCUUUUGGGCAGUUACAUUUCCUCUGGCGCUGUAUUCGGGUCCAUGCAUGUAUCGCAAGCCAGCGAAGUAAGGUUGAAGCCGCUGAAACAAACAUGAGCUGA